CUCCAUACUGUGAUUUAAUUUGACUUCCAUUGGUUUUCUGCUAAGCCCAGGACAUCAUGGUGUCAAUCACAGAUUUCAAUGUGGCGCCUCACUGUUUGUCCACAUCAUCGAGUGACGUUAGCCCCUGCUAGGCUGCUAACUUUUUCCCUUCUCUUCGCUGUGCCCGUGCCAGUCAAGUGCAGUGCAGUGGACAUUCAUGUGCUACCGCUCCCAACACACCAGCCUCACGCUACUGCAAGUAUCAGUGCCAGUACGGAGUACAGCACAGCAACUCCGUAUCUCUCACCCGCUAUCAGCUGCAUCGCCACAUGUGGCUGGACUCCCCUGCCAGGGCACCGCACCCGAACCCGCCUAGCCUUCCCUUGUCGGGCUCUGCAUCUUGCGAGUCCCUCCUAAUCCAUCCAAACCCAUAAACUCGCAUCUUGUCCAACCCUCUGCCUGGUAGCGGCUCUCCACCAUUUUCUGCGAUUUCAGGAUAGCUGCAAGCGCCUUUUGGGAGAGCCAAGUUCUGUGCAAGUCGAGACCUGCGCUAGAAUCUCCUUUUCUU